AUGGAUAGUAGGAUUUCGAUUAGAUUCGUAGUGCUGGUCCAGGAAGUCGGGAAAGGGCGGCGAUCUUACAAGUCUGUUCGGGAAGUAUGGCGUACUGAAGUCGGAAGUGACAGUCCUUCGACGAGAUCACCUGGGGUCGCAAGAAGGAAAGCGAGUUCGGAUCUGGAAGUUAGACCCCUUUAUUUGUUAAUGGAAAACCUGAAAUACACGAGCACCUCGAAACAACGGGUUCUCUUAUAUGACAUCGAUCGGACAAAUCCAGAGAAAGCUCCGAGUUUACCGGUUGGGGUCAGAAAACCUGAGGAAAGGAUGCCAGCAAUGAGAUCAGAAGCUCUGCUCGUACCUCGGGUAACAAGCGGCGGAAACAAGACAGAUAGCCAUCCUGUCGAGGAAUUACUGAUCUUGUGGAAGUCCACUGCUAAAGAAAAUCCAUAUAACUGCCAUAUUAUGAAUUCAGUCAACAACAUCUUUGACGUAUCGAACAAUGGAACUGAUCUUAGACAGCUAGUUGAGCGUGAAGAACGGGUGUUAUACUGCCUGUUGGAAUUGAUCAAUUCAAUACGAAGUCUAGUCCUAGCGUAUCAAAGAAAGGACAAGCCAUCUGGGAUCAAAGUAAGGAUAGAUCACACGCGAGCGGUUCCUUUCGGCCGUUUUCUAUUUCCGAGAUCGGGGUCGGAAUCGGGCAAGGCAGAUCGAAGAAGACGGCUAAUACACCCUUGCACCGGCCCGCUCAACUGCACUUGA